AUGGAACAUAAUCAGUAUGCUAGAAAUCCGACAUUUGAUCAUCCAAUCUAUUGUAUUAUCACAACGAUGGGAAUGAUAGAUUCCGCACACAUCACAUCAAAAGAAAAUCAUUCUUCUCGUAAAGUCAAGAGCGACCUUUUAUUGCCGGCAUCACGUAGAGUUACAAACGAAAUGUCAAACUUGCUACGUAUCAAGCACUAUGUUAACGAUCAUCCCGACAAACUUCAAGAAUUAUGGGAACAACAAUGGAUUUCUAAUGACGUUAAUAUUGGAAGAGCAUUGUUAAAA